CCUUUUGUGAUCCAAUCAAAGUAUCAAAGCCCCAAUUGUGCAGACCCCGGUGGUCAAACACCAGCUUUGAGCCUUCGAAGGCACAUCCAUCGUUGUAAAGAAUCAAAAUGGGCUCAUCUUCAUUGGCGGCCAUUACAGCCUCCAAGAUGGUAGCCAAACUGGAUCUGAGGCCGCACCCAGAAGGCGGCUUCUAUGCAGAAACAUUCAGGGACCCUUCCGUCUUCCUCUCUAAAUCUCAUCUUCCUCCUACUUACAAAGUUGAUAGACCUGUCAGUACAUCUAUUUACUUCUUGUUGCCUUCUGCAAGUGUCUCUCACUUGCACCGCAUACCGUGUGCAGAAACAUGGCAUUUUUACUCGGGAGAGCCUUUGACGACUCCAUAUAUUUAAGGACAAUAUUAUAUACCUGGAUGGAGUCGGGGAACGAUUUUGGUUAUGGAACUAAAUGAAAGUGAUGGUAGUGUGAAGUUAACGUGCCUCGGGCCUAACCUACUCGGAGAAGAUGAACAUGUGCAGUACACUGUGCCUCCAAAUGUGUGGUUUGGUGCUUUUCCAACGAAGGAUAUAGACAUUUCCCCGGACAUGAAAACUGCUGUAAAAACAACUCCUCCUAGAAAUCCUGAGAAUCACUUCUCUCUGGUUGGAUGUACGUGUGCUCCCGCUUUCCAGUUUGAGGACUUCGAGCUUGCAAAACGGUCUCACCUUGUUUCACGAUUUCCGGAUUACGAGUCCUUAAUAACCUUUCUUACCUUUCCCGAGACAUCCUAGCUGUUUUGUUGUCCCUGUAUCACAAUUUGAAAUGUUUUUUGUUUAUGGUUUGCUUUUUGCAAGUUGAUUGUACUAAAUAUAUAGCCCCCUCAUAAUAAUGAGUGUACAACACUGCCGACUCAUAGGUAAGAAUGACGUGAAGUGUUGUAAAUUGUAAGAAUCAGAAAAUGGGGUUGUUGGACACACUUUUAAUUGCAGUAAGUGUUGCUUAUUCUUUAUGGUAGGAUUAAAAUAUUUUAAGUUUCUAAACAUAUUCAAAAAUAGUACGGAUUCUUUUGAACUCCGAUAUCAUGUAUCAGUCCAAAGGAUUAUAUGUUGUUGCUGGC